AUGUUCGCGUCAGCAUCUUCCCGUUCUUGUUAUAUCACUGUUCUGUGUUGUUUUGGUGGUAAUAACUGCGUGGCUUGUCCAGGUGCCUGCUGCAAGAAUGCACUGCUUGUAAACAAUGCAUCGCAGUCAUGCAGUGUCUUCCACACUGACCAAAAUGAAGUUGUCAUUGUCGCAUGCUCAUGUAUCAGCAGAGCACAGUUGAGUCCUCAACUUGACAAUGCACUUCUGUGCUGCUGCCACACUGCACAGGUCGAAUUGGGCGUCAGGACAGAACCAGAACUUUCUCAGCAUAGUGGCGGCUAUCAAGGGACCGCAAUCUGUCACUCCUAUCUUGCAGCGCUGGAGGAGUCAUUGCCAUCAACAUGCAAUCACCAGAGUCAUGGAAUCAUGAUCACAAUAGACCCCAGUCGGCGCUCCCCCAUUCUCCAAGCCAACUCUGUUGCAUUCUCAGAUGUGGCAAGACCAGAAAUGGAACAGACGGAGAAACGACGGAAAACAGAGUCGUCCGACGCAGAAGCGAAAUCUCUUGCGCUGCUGGACGCCAUGGAAAAAAGGGCACGCAUGCAAGUUUUUCCGGGCUGUGCUUCAGAUGAUGACAUGAUGUCACUCGCGUCGUUCGCUUCACAUGGCUCCGCCUCGAAGCCUUCGAUGGGCCCCAACUCAUCACGUCCAGUUGCUGGCGAUUCCGUCAAAAUUUGGGAUGUAUUUGGCGACACGGAGCAUGUCCAAAGAGACAUCGAGCAAGAAUUUGUAUUCCCGGCUGCAGCACAACUGGGAUUACAUGCAGGACAACGAAUUGAGGACACAGCGCCGGGUCGCCACCAGAGCGGUUCAAUCGAUUUAGUGGAAGACACAGUUCGUGUCGCACCGACGAUAAGCUGCGCUUCUCAAAGUGUCGGUGCCUCCAACUCAGCAACCUAA